AUGGGAAGUGGUGAACAAUCUAGAAAACGAUCUAAAAAUGUCUGUGUGCGAUGCCAGAGACAAAAGAUCAAGUGCUCCGGCUCGAAGCCGUGUAACAGCUGCAGUAAACGCAAUCUUUCCUGCAUAUUCAAUAAUAUGGAUAGAAAAGUACUGGUGACACGGGGGUACAUUUCAGAGCUGCAGCGGAAAGCUGCAUGCAUAGAAAAUCAGGUGGGAGACCAAAGUCUUUCUAAUUUGACUCGUGAGAUCCAAUUCGACCCCGCUGGUGAAGAAGAAACACCCGACAAUGAAAAACCUGAUCCAGCUGAGGAUAUCGGUGACUCUCAGGGAGCGGAGAAUCCGGAAGCUGGUCUCGUCAAUCCUCUAGCAACUGGCCCGCCCACCUUUAUGUCUUCGGGAAAUGGGAGAAUGUUUUACCUAGGAACGUCUUCAAACUGGUCAUUUACUCGGCGCGUGCUCAGUAUAGCACACCGACACGCAUACAACGAAGCGCUGCCAACGGAAGCAUUGAUAUUUGAAGGAACUGCCUAUGACUUGAGCGACGACUCACGAACAGAUUCGAUCCCAGAGCAGCCUGUUAUCCCGAGCCUCGAUCAUGCCCUUUAUCUAAUUAACAUGGUCAAUUUCCGCUGCGGCCAAUUAUACCACCUCUUCGAUGAGGGUGAUUUCAUGAGAUCACUGCACGACUAUUAUUCCAAUGAUAGGCGAUCAAGAGAUAGUCUAUGGUAUAUCCAUUUCCUUCUUAUCUUGGCUUUUGGAAAAAGCUUUCUUCAAACAAGAAGCCAGGAAAGAAAGCCACCGGGGAUUAACUACUUUGCCAAAGCCAUGCAGCUCCUGCCAGACCACAAUCGACUCUAUUCUUCACCGCUGGUAUCGACAGAGAUCCUGUGCUGCAUAGCUAUCUUUUAUCAGUCGCUUGAUUGUCGCAGUCCAGCACAUAAUUAUGUCGGUCAAGCUAUGCGGAUGGCCAUGAGCCACGGCAUGCAUACUUCCAUGCCAGUAGGAGACUUGGGGUUGCACGUCGUUGAGAGAUGUCGCAAAAUCUGGUGGACUGUUUAUAUUCUAGACCGACAGAUGACUUGUAUACAGGGCCUUCCUCAGUCUGUCGACGACCGCUUUGUGCAAACCAGCCUUCCUUCAUCGUCGGGCCCACCUGGGAAGACUACAACGCUAGGCAUGCAUAUAAAAUUAUGCCGACGUGUUGCAGAGAUCAACAACAAAGUUUAUGCUAUCGAUGGACGAAUCAACCAAACAUUCUUGCUGAGCACGAAAGAGGCAUUGUCAAAUAUAGCAGUCCUCGCGGAUGAGCUGCGGGAAACUUUCCCACUACAUCUGAAUGGGACAGAUAGCGGCAUGCCUCGAACAUCGGCCUGCUUACACCUCUUUUACCAGCAGUGUGUAAUUGUCGCCACGAGGCCUUUACUGUUCUGUUUCCUCAAGAUUCGGCUCGAGUCACCAGAAACAUGUACGGAGUUUCUCAACAAGACACGGAAUGUUCGGAAUUUGAUUCAAAUGUGUCUGGAAUCCGCCCAACAUGCUAUCAGGAUUCUACUUUGUCUCAAAUCCCAAGGGCUCCUCGAAACAUUCCUCUCUUUUGAUCUAGAAUCGAUCUUCAUAUCCACCGUCGUGCUCCUCAUGGGACCAGCUAUCGAUCCUCUGUUGAUGGGUGACCAUUCGUGGUGGCUCGAGAAGGCCUACCAAAUCUUUCAAGAGAUGGUCGAAUCCGGCAACCAGGUAGCCAGGUUCCGAUGGUCUGAGCUCCAACAACUGGAAAAGACCCUGCACGAAAUUACUCAAGCCCAAUCCGCGUCAUCCACUUCAGAUGCUGUUUCUCAGAUUCCUGGCACAAUUCCUCAAUUGCUCUCGCCGGCGACGAGUUGUAUCCCGCCCGUGGACCGAGGCUUUUGUAAUGAUCCUUCUUUAAUGGCGGAUGCGACAUUGGACGCGGAAUAUGGGUUUGGCCCUGUUUUAACGUCUGCUGAGAUGACAGCUGUGGCAGAUUCCAUUGAAAUGUAUGAUGCGGAAUGGGUCUCCAAUGCCAUGAUGAUCCAUGAUAUCUGGUAG